AUGCUUGAUGAGAAAUUUAAAGAUUUCCAUAACAAUCCUUCAAUAGCUGAGGAUGACGAUUAUAAGGCCAAAAUAGCAGCGGAUAUAAAUAAAAUAGAUGAGUAUUAUGCUGUUAAGCCAUAUCAGAGGAUGAUUUAUUAUCCUAGGCCUACUCCCCAAGAUGUCUUAAUAAAAGAAGAGCAGCAAGUUAAUAAUACAAGUUAUAGUGGGAAAGAAAUCUACGAAUGGAACAUAGAUGGAUACAGUGAAAGGCAAAUCUAUUGUACAGUGCAUAGAAUGUUGAUGUAUAGUACAAUCAACAAAGUUAAUAAAAAUAGUGAGCGUACUAUCGCAGACAUGAUUAUAGCAAGUUUUACUGGCCAAUUAAAAGGUUGGUGGGACAACUAUCUUACCCAAGACCAACGUGGAAGUAUUCUUAAUGUUGUCAAAAGAGAACCAGGAGAAAACCAAGAAAUAAUCUUAGUUUCGACUGCUGUUUAUACACUAGUUCUUAAUAUUAUUGAGCAUUUUUCAGGACGAUGGUCAUAUAAUAAUGAGACCAUUAGGAGAUUACUCCAAAAUCUGAGAUAUGGAUUACCAGCCUUUUUGGCAGAAAGAGUAAGGAAAGCUCUUAGGAAAGGGGAAACAAGUAUAAAUUAUAGCAAUUAUACUUAUGGAAGUCUAAUAGGCACAUGUAUGCAAGAAGGUUUGGCUCUAUGUAAUGAGAUUAAGCCAAACCAGCAAAUUAAGAAACAUGGUCUUACCGAAAGACAACAAUUAGGAGAAUUUUGUGGGCAAUUUGGAUUACAAAUGCCACAAACAAAAAAGCCUCAUAGACACAAAAAGAGAAAAUAUUUCCAAGCAUGGAAAGAAAAACGCUUGAAAAAGAAAUCCAAGCGAAAGAAAGAUUUCAAACAGAGAAAGGAUUUUAUUAAAUCCAAAAAUCCUAAGGCCUGUUAUAAGUGUGGCAGAGUUGGUCAUUUUUAUAAAGAUUGA